AUGCUGCGCCGUACUUUUCAGUCUUUGGGCAAAGUGCUUGUCGUUGCGGAGGUGUACAACGGCAAAGUUACCGCUGCCACGUUGUCAGCCGUCACUGCGGGAUUGAAAGUUGGGCCCGUCAGUGCUCUUGUGGCCGGUAAAAAUGGAGAAAAGACUGCUGCUGAUCUUGCCAAAGUAAAAGGUGUAGCGGAGGUACUCGUGGCGAAGGGCGAUCACUACGAUAAUGGUUUGCCGGAGGAGUACGCACCCCUCAUUGCGGCCGUGGCGAAGGAUGGUUACUCACAUGUCUUUGCUCCCAGCUCCGCAUUUGGAAGGAAUGUACUCCCGCGUGCGGCCGCAAAGGCGGAUGCGAUGCCAAUAACAGAUGUGACGGAUGUAAAAGACGCAUCUACGUUUGUGCGGCACAUGUACGCCGGCAAUGUUGUCUGCACCGUCACUUCUUCCGAUAAUGUGAAGUACGCCACUAUUCGCGGCACCAGUUUUGAGCGGGCGGCGGUGGAUGGCGGCAGUGCGGCGGUGAAAGACGUCGCGUCGGUGCCGCCCGCCGUGGGAACCUCCAAGUGGAUUCAAGACGUGGUGGAGACUAGCGACAAGCCGGAUCUGCAGACCGCCGCUAACGUGAUUGUCGGCGGACGUGGAUUGAAGAAUGCGGAGAACUUCAAAUUAUUGUAUGAACUUGCACAACCGUUAAAGGCAGCCGUGGGGGCAACACGUGCGGUGGUGGACGCCGGCUAUUGCCCGAAUGAAAUGCAAAUUGGACAAACCGGUAAAACAGUGGCGCCGAACUUUUAUCUCGGCUGUGGCGUAUCGGGAGCCAUUCAACACGUGGCGGGGAUGAAAGACUCAAAGGUUAUUGCUGUGAUUAACAACGACGCCGAUGCGCCGUUUUUUCAGGUGGCGGAUUACGGUUUAGUGGAGGAUCUCUUCGUGGCGGUGCCGAAACUCACGGAAAUGGUGAAGAAGUAG